AUGGCAUCCGCAAACGACUACACGAUAACUCGGGAAGAAGCCCUGUCUUUCCUGCAAGAUGUCUUGAACCUUGAGUCCGCACUACCAAAGCUCAAGACAGAUAAGAUCGCCUUCCUCAACGAAUUCAUCAAGGCAUUCUCUCACCACGUCCCUUACCAGACUGUCAAAGCUCUUUCAACUCCUCCGGAUGCUCGGAGUUUACCAACAUCAGCCGACAUCAAGAAGAGUGUCACUUCUAAAGAAGGAGGGCUCUGCUAUCAACUCAACAUUUUCGCUUGGAUGCUGCUUUGCGCUCUAGAAUUCGAAGCCCAGCUCGUAUCUGGCGACAUUCUCGUCUACAGAGACAUACACGUCGUUGUGAUCAUUGAAAAUAUCAUUAAGCAAGGUUCUCGGCACAUUUUUGAUAUCGGGAUGGGUUAUCCUAUACUUCGCUUGGUCCCGCUUGAUUUCGAGCACCAAUCGCCCGUGUAUAUCGAUUCCGACACACGAUAUCGAUUCGUUCGUCUAGGUCACGUGAUCAUUUUUCAGCUAUGCAAAGAAACCCACCAAUCAGAAGCGGUCUCUCACCGUGAAUACAUCCAAGAUGGCUGGAUUUCAUUCGUCCGCAUUCACGUCAACCAAUCAGUUCCCGUGUCUCAUUUUGACAACAGGAUGACGAAGGUCUUCACGGAGGUAGAUCCGGAUCUUUAUUUCCUCACCAGCUUGCGUUGCCUGGCCUUCCCCAAUGGUCGGCUCGUGUGCAUCAAAGAUGUCAAACUGUUGCUAGAGGACGAAGACCGGCAGGUACAGGUCACGCGGUUCCGGUCACGUGAUGAGGUUCUGGAUGCUUUUUCCCGCCAUUUUCCCCAGUUUCCCAGUGACAUGGUGAAUGGUGCCAUGGAUAAUGUGAAUAUCCAGUUCAAUAGCAAUUAA